CGGAGCUCCCGGCCGGCGCCGCCCUCCCGCUGCCUCCCACCAAUGAAGUGGCUCCUGAGGCGGGACGAUCGCAUGGCCAUCCGAUGUACUGGCAACAGGUUGCACUGGUGGACGGGGAGAUUUCGCUCAUGUCCUCAGUUCAUUUGUGGAACAUCAUUUGAUCUUUCCAUCAGUGUGAAGAGCCGCUGACUGUGAGGAUUAAACCCAGGGCACUUCUGACAGAGCGGGGCACAUCUAGGCGUCUGGUUUUGGACCAACAUCGCAGGCCUCCUCCACAGCAACCAGGAAGCAAACAUGAGCACUCUCUCCUCAGACAAGAAGCCACUUGUGGACUACGGCGUUCAGAUCCGCUUCAUCAAGGAUCUCCAUGACUCAGGUGGGGGCUAUUCGGAAAAGAGCAGAGCAGGCAACAGCGCAACUCCACCCUCCAACAAGUAUGGGGUGGCGGUGCGGGUUCAGGGCAUCUCUGGGCAGCCCUAUGUGGUGCUACAGGACGGGGAGAAGGGCGACUCAUAUGGGGUUCAGCUAAAGACUCAGGCCCAGUCUCAAAAUGCCAGCCCGGGACCCUCAUCACCCUACAACAGUCUAACAAAAGAAAAUAAAUCAGCAGAAUUCACAUCCUCCUACACCGCUGCUCCAAAUGUAGCAGUCUCCCCUGCUUCUCUAGCAGAAGAUGAGGAUGUGGAGAUUUUUGGGAGCCCUCUUAAGCGACCUCCCGGGGAUGGACAAGCAGGGAGCCAAGGGGAGGGAGAGGGUGGAGCUGGAAGCAGAGAGGCACAGUCGGAGACGGCGAAGGCUGAAACCCAACCCAAAGCAACAACCAGUGGAGCAGAGAAAGAAAAAAGAGAGAGGACCAAUAGGGAGGAGUUUAAUGAAGCAGGGCUGAAACCUGUCAAACUAAAUGGGGUAGGGCCCAGAGGGGUCAGCCAAAAUGGUAUUGGCUUCACCGGGUCACUGGGAAGGUACAGUGGGAAACAAAUGAGUAUGGAUUCCCCUUUGGAGUCUUUCCCAGAGCCUCCAACUGAGGACGAGGCUGCUCCAGCAAUAGACACCAACUCCCUGGCUCCCAUCAACAAGCUCAUCAGCAAGUUCAACAGCGGGACACCAGCUAGCGCCACGCAGACCAGGGGCCGCUCUGGAGCAAGGCAGCGGCUCAGGUUUGACGAGCGAAGGCGGUCCAGGAGCCUUGACGCCCGAAAAGACGUUCAGCACGAAGCCCCCCCUCGCUCUCCCACUUCUCCCACUCUGAACCCCUACGCUACUCCUCUCUCUCCUGUUUCUACCUCCUCCAAUUUGCUGACGUCAUCCAGCCCGGCGAGCGGUAGCCUGGGAAGGAGCCCUGCUUCCGUUGCCAAGGUGACGGCCCUUGCUGCACCGAAGCCGAGCUUUAAGUCACCAGGGAAGUUCGUUGCCAAGGACACCCCUCCGGCUGUACCAAAAAAGCCUGAGAUACCCACCACUCUGAGGAACCAGGGUCAAAGUGCAGAGGUCAGCAGCGGGAGGGACGCACAAGUCAAGCAAGCGAUAUACAACAUCCUCAUAGAGGGCAACAGUGGGAGUGACACAUCCAUCAAAAGAAAAGUCAACCUUGUCUAUGAGGCAGCCAGCAGUUUGAAGAUGGGAGGAUCUGAUGGGAACCUGAAAACGGAGCUGGAGGACAGUGUGAAUGACAAUAUUCAUCUUCAGGAACAGCUCCACCGCAGCAAGACAGAAUUACAGAAGGCCCAUGAUGAGCUGGCAGAGUUGCGGAUGGCGAGGGAGGGGGCGGAGUCCCGUGUGCGUCAACAGGAAGACCAGCUGGCCGAACUUCAGGAGGAGCUGAGGAGGCUGUCAGAGAGCUCACCUCACACAGACUCACUGCAGACGGAUGUGAUGGCCCUGCAGGCGGACCUGGCUGAAGCGGCCAUGUUGCGUCAGCGCAUGGAGGACACGCUGCACCAGCGUGAGCGUGAGCUGACGGCCCUGAAGGGGGCGCUGAAGGAGGAGGUGGAGUGCCAUGACAGAGAGAUGGAGGCUCUGCGGGAGCAGUACAGCCAGGACAUGGAGAACCUUAGGAGAACCAUGGAGCAGGUGUCACAGUCUCAGGAGCAGAUAGAAGAAGAGCGGCAGCGGGUGAACGAGUCUGUGCUGUCCCUGGAGGAAGAGCUGGAGAGCUGCAGGAGCCAAGGAGAUGAGUGGAAGGCGCAGCUGGAGGCCACGGCUGAGGAGCUCCACACCACCAAACAGGAGAACAGGAAGACCUGCAGCAGUCAAAUGCUGCUGAAGUCUCGUAUGGAGAAGGAGGAAUUUGAGGGAGAGCUGAAGGAUCUUCAGGAUUCAUUGAUGGCCAUGAAGAAACAAAUGCCCGGUUUUGAUGAAGACCGUUCUUACACGGAGGACCUUCAGCGUUGCCAUGACGAUCUGAAACAGGCUCACGCGGACCUGGACAAACAGAGGGCCGAGUUGGAGGACAAGAGCGAGGCGCUUCGAGCUCUGAAGAAGGCCAGCGAAGAGAGAGAGGCUGAGCUGGUGUCUGAGGUCGACAGGCUGAAGAAACAGGCGCAGAAAGACAAGGCCGAGCUGGAGAAGUCAUUAGCUGGAUCCUCAGCAAAGACUGUGGUAGACCACGGGACCAACCAGGAGCUUCAGGAAGCAAACGCUCGCCUCAGAGAGAGGCUGGCCCGCAUGUCGAGGCUCCACUCCAGCUUGCCCCUGAGCUCGGAGGCCGAGGAGGCUGUGGAGGCCCUGGAGGAUGAGAACCGCUCCCUCAAGUCUCAGCUGGAGGAGGCCAAGAGAGGAGCGACCCGUCUGAGCAAGGAGAGGGAUGAGCUCAACCGGCGUCUGGAGGAGAAAGACCUGGAGAGAGAGGCGCUGCGGAGGGGCAAGAGCGACCUGGAGGAGCAAAAGAGACUGCUGGACCGCGCCCUGGAGAAGAUUAACAAAGAGAUGGAGAUGAUGAUGGGCGACUCCCGGCAGUCGGUGGCGGCCCUGCAGACUCAGCUGGACGAGUACAGGGAGCGGUCGAGGAAGGACCUGCUGGACGCCCAGCGCAACAGCAAGGACAGGCUGGCUGAGCUGCAGAGGGCCCAGAGCAACCUCAAGGCCCAGCAGGAGGAGGUGUCUCGCCUUAAGAAGGAGCUUCUGGCUUGCGUCGAGGAGAGAGACAGCGCCCAGCUGGAGAGGGAUCUCCUCAGCAGCCGCCUCAAGCACCUGGAGAGCGAGCUGGAGGAAGAGAAGAGCGCCCACACCGACCGGAGCAGGGAGAUCAGGGGCCUGGAGGAUAAAAUUAAGACACUGGAGAUCGAGCUGGAUGAGGAGAGGAGCAGCGUGGAGCUUCAAAAUGACCGCAUCACACGUAGCAGAGAUCAGAUCGAUCAGCUCCGUUCAGACCUGAUGCAGGAGCGUUCAGCAAGACACGACCUGGAGAUGGACAAGAGUUCACUUGAGAGACAGGUGAAGGAGCUGAAGUCUCGCGUGGCAGACAUGGAGGGACAGACCCGGCCCACAGCUGGGAUCACCCUGCUGGAGAACAAAAUUCAGGAGCUGGAAGAGAGGCUUCGCAGUGAGGAGAGAGAGAAGGCCAGUAUCCAGGCGUCUCAGAGGCGGAUGGAGAGGAAGCUGAAGGAGCUCAACGCCACCCUGGACCAGGAGAGAAACCAGCAUGCUGAGCAGAGAGAUCAGUUGUCUCUGCGUGUGAAGGCCUUGAAGCGGCAGGUGGAUGAGAGUGAGGGAGAGGUGGAGCGGCUGGAGGGAGUCCGCCGGAAGGUUCUCAGGGACUUGGAGGAGCAGCAGGAGCUGCAGGAAGCCCUGCAGGCCAAAGUCACAGCGCUGGAGGCUGAGCUCAAGCGGAAAGUGCAGCAGACACACCGGUCGGCCCUGGGCUCCUCCAACUUCAGCUCCGAGGACGAGGAUGGUUUCUAUGACAACAACAACAUCACCUGCAUCCUGACUGAGAGCCACCUGCAGACCACCAACUGCUAGGGAGGGAUGGAGGGAAGAGGGCAGAAUGGAGGCAUACAGAGGGAUAAUAAGGAAGUUGUUUUUAAAAGACUGACAGAAAGUUUUCAGAGUAAGGUGCUCAGGGCUGGUCGGACCGAGUUGCAUGAAGAACUAAGUUGCCAAGCACUAUGAAAUUGCCUUGCAGUUGCUCUUGAUUUGUUUUUAGAGCAGCAGUUGUUGUGUAACAGCUCCAUAGGAGACAGGCUGUCAGGAUACUUUGAUUACCUUUUGGCGCUUUCUUGCCGCAAUCGCUUCACUUUCUGCUUUCAUGUGUCGUCUGUCUCAAGCGUUAAUUGUGUUUUUUUUUUUCUUUGCUCGGUUAUUGCUGAGGAGAGGCAUUACAAGUACAGUUGGAAAUACACGGUUUUGCUUUGCUUUGACCUUUCAGCAUGACUCAUAUUCUCAAAAAGAUUUUUAACUGAACAUAUUUUUUUUUAAAAAAUCCCGUGGUAGCACAUAAAUGUGUCAUGGUUUCUAUUCAAAUGCCAGAUAUCUUACCAGUUUUGUUUCAUGAACGCAUGACUUGCAAGUUUAUCUUCUUCAAAAAAUGGCUUGCAUUUUUUUUACUGUUCCAAAGCAGCAUUUUUCUUUGUUUCUGUAUUUUGUCUUAGAUUAGGCAUAAUAAGUUACAUUUGCCAGUGUUGUUAGCAGGUCUGCUGUAUGUACCGUAAUGCUUCUUUGUAUAUCUGAAGUGAUGUGAUGUUUAGUUUUGUUUUGUUUUUGUUUUUUACCCAUGACUGUGACAGUGACAGGCCCCUUAAAACUGAGCCUGUAUUUUUACACUGUUUUAGCUGUGCAUAGUUGUUGGUCAAGACAAUCAUAUACAGUAGCAUUAUAUAUCCUCAGAGAAUAGCCUGUUUUUUCUACUUUAACAAAUGUAUUUCUUUAUAUUGUCUGCUAUUUCUUUGUCUUUAGUUUGGUCCACAUGCAUGUUUUCACUCAGAUGCCUUAAAAAUAAGCUGUUUUAUUUGCCGCUGGUGUUCUUGUUGGGUCUGCUGUUCCCUUUGUUUGCUGCUUUAAUGAUUUGAGUCGUAUUUCACAUGCUUGCCAUCACUUGCAUCAACAUUCCUAAUCGAGGAAUCGUUAGCUUAGAUCAGGAAGUGUUUUACGUUCCCCCUGCUUGCACCUGCGUCUUCAUGAAUGUUCAGUAAUCAUUUCUGAAUUAAUUUUUGAUGAAUGUGUCACUUUAAGAAAAACAAAAGUUUUUUGGGUAGUUGCAAACGACAAGCAUAUUUUGAAAUGUAAAAUAUGUUUAAGCUACUGUAAAAAUUUGAUAUGUUCAGCAAAGCUUUGUAAGCUUUUCCAAAAACUUUUUACAUGGAUACUUCAAAUAAAUUUUGAACCCUGUGUAGAGUGAAAGAGAAGGAGAA